AUGCCGGACAGUUCAUCUGCAAAUGCCGAGAUUGUGGGUACCGUAAAGACGAAAGCCGCGAAAAUUGAAGCCGAUCUAAAGAGAACCGACGGGAAUCCUACACUGAUCAGGCUCCUGACGCCCUCCAAUUUCACUGCUCGAGAUUAUAAGCUGUGUCUAUCUAGAGCAUUCUGUGGGUGGUAUAUGCCAAGCGCGGACAAGCAGGUCACCUUAGAAGGGGAAGAUGGGAAGGGUUUCCUGGUCAAUUUUUACUGGCGUGAUAGCAGGAUCCGCGGAGGGUGGAGGGCUUUUGCCAGUUACCAUGGAUUAGUGGUUGGAGAUGCUCUGGUUCUUCAUCUUGUCAGUCCCUUGAUGUUCAAGGUUUACAUUGUGAGGGAAAAUUCCUCAAAGGAAGUGGGUGUCAAUCAUGGUCGUUUAAGGUCGCGAACUGUUAAUGGUGAGGAUGGAAGUUUAGGAGUAAAAUUGGAAGAAAACGAUGACAGAAAUGGGUUAAUGGAUGAUGAUAAUGAUAAUGUUGGGUCUGAGCCAGAUAAAGGGUUUCAAAGAGGAAGUGAUAGCAAGAACAGCAAGUUGCCAGGAUCCAUUGCAGAUGAUGAUUUCGACAGAGUGAAACGCUUUGAAGACUUUGAAAUCGUUGCAAAUGGUUCUGUCAUCGACGACGAAGACCAACUCCCGGAGCUUGUUAAGUUCAAGUACUACCAGUUGUGCCGCAGCCAGGGAUCGUUUCUGCACCAAGGCCUGCUGGAGGGGCUUGGCGCCAAGAUCGUUGCUUGGAUGAUCGAUGAAGUUACGAGCAUUGCUUAUGCCAUCAGAGCACUGUCGAGCUCGAGCCAGAGUAAGGAUCUGGAGGUGUGGGAGAAGAAGUUGAAGGGCUUCGAGAAUCUGGGGAUGAGUGUGGGUUUCAUACUGGUUCGAUUGAGGAAGCUGGCGUGCCUUGCUGAUCAAGCAACAAACAGGCGUGCGAGGCUGGUGGAGGAGAGGGAGGCAGCGGAGGAGGAGCUGCGUGUUCUGGAGAAGCAAGUUGGGAAGGCGAAAGAAAGGGUGGAAGUACUGCGCGGGGAGAUUGAGAGUUUGAAUGGUGGGAGUGGGAGUGACAGUGAGUUUGUGGCGUUGGCAAAUGCGCCAUGGUGA